AUGAGGAUCAGAGAUGACAAGGUAGUUGGAAUCACCAAUUGCAAUAAAACAGAAUCUGGACAGAUUAUUACCACUAGAAGAAAAUGUCUUAACGAGCAAAAGGACAAGACGAUCUCGUACAGAGCUGAGAAUGUGAUCGGGACUGGUUCUUUUGGAGUUGGAGUUGUCUUUGAGGCAAAGUGUAUGGAGACAGGAGAGCAAGUAGCUAUAAAGAAAGUGUUACAAGACAAGAGAUACAAGAACAGAGAGCUUCAGAUAAUGAGAAUGCUUGAACAUCCUAAUGUUGUUGAGCUGAAGCAUUCUUUCUUCUCCACAACAACAACCCACACAGUUAAAGAGCUCUAUCUUAACCUUGUUUUGGAAUACGUACCAGAGACUAUUUACCGUGCUUCUAGACACUUCACCAAGAUGAACCUUCACAUGCCUUUGAUUUAUGUUCAGCUUUACACUUAUCAGAUUUGUCGUGCUAUGAAUUACCUGCAUGGAGCUGUAGGAGUGUGUCACCGUGACAUUAAGCCGCAAAAUAUAUUGGUUAAUACCAUUACACAUGAGCUAAAGAUUUGUGAUUUUGGAAGUGCCAAAAUGUUGGUUCCUGGAGAACCGAACAUAUCAUAUAUAUGUUCACGGUAUUACCGAGCACCUGAGCUCAUAUUUGGUUCAACUGAAUAUACAACCGCCAUCGAUAUGUGGUCUGUAGAGCCUAUCUUCCCUGGAGAGAGCAGUGUUGAUCAAUUGGUAGAGAUCAUCAAGAUUUUGGGGACACCAACAAGAGAAGAGAUAAAGAAUAUGAAUCCUCGUUACAAUGAAUUUAGGUUCCCUCAAAUCAAAACUCAGCCAUGGCACAAGAUAUUCCAUAGAGAGGUAACAGCAGAGGCCAUGGAUCUUGCCUCAAGACUCCUCCAGUAUUCACCAAACCUAAGAUGCACAGCGCUUGAAGCAUGUGCACAUCCGUUCUUCGAUGAUCUAAGAGACCCAAGAGCAUGCUUGCCAAACGGAGGACCACUGCCUCGCUUAUUUGAUUUCACAGCUCAAGAAUUGUGUGGUGCAUCUGUUGAAUUGCGACAUCGCUUGAUCCCCGAGCACGUGAGGGAAUCAGUAGGUCUGUUUUAA